AUGACCGACCUCUCAUGGAUGAUCGACUGUGUAUGGCGUCCCCCAAAACGUCCUCUGGGGUCCAAGACACCGCCACUUGACAAGACGCUCCCUGAAAACCUCAAAUAUUAUAAGUUCUGGGGUUUUACAAUCUACCGUACCUACUACGGACCUUCUUCUGAUGAGCACUGGGAGACACUUCUUGGUGCUAUAAGACAACAAACUCGUUUAGCAUUCGGCUAUUACGAAAAAGAAUCGUUUCGGAAAAAGGACAAAGCAUGGCAAAAGAGACGUUACACCAGUGCAGCGGAGUACGAUCGCGACCUAAGCAUUAUAAAAGACCUGUUUCGCCUCUUUCCACGUGAAGAUCCGUCCCUACUGUCAGGUCUCUCGAUCGAGGGUAUACGAGAAAUAUGCAUACAAGAGCACUCCGAGGCUGAGGAAAAGAUGGCUGGGGCGGAUUUCAACUUCGUGCUUGUGGCAGACGAAGCGGUUCUGAACGGUAUUCCACACGGUGAAUUCGCUGUCAAGGCAGUUGGCUACGACUGGGACAAGCUUGAUGGUGGCUGGGGUUGGGAAAGAGUGUCAACGGGCUCCUUGCUGGAGUUUUGGGGAAUGCUCCUGGAAUUUAGGGAAUCUGGUAUAGGCAAAUACUACACGUUUCGAUAUGAGGGUCCGGAAGAAGGUCUGGAGAGUUACUUGUGGGCUGGGAACCUGUCUUCACCUCGAUUUGAACGUUGCAGUCAACCUCAAACAGCACAAAGAGAGGUAGGGGCGGAAGGAUUCACAUUUGAUUAG